AUGACGAGCAAGCGAAGGAUGGAAGGAAAUGUUUUACUGCACGAAGCUCCAGGAGCCCGUGUUUUGAAGGAUGAAGGCUUGGUUUACACGCUUCUUAUGUGUCUUUCCCUCGCCGAAGCGCGAAAAUUAUGGAAACUACGAAAGAUGUUCGUCAGAGUGUUGAACGACAAGGUUGUUCCGCUGCUCGCACUGCUUGAGAGGGAGUGGAGCAUCGUCCGCGAGUUUUUAGACUCAAAUCGCAGCGGUUUCCAAUACAAUCUUGACCGGGUCUUCACGGAGGCUGUGCUUCACACGGACUUUGAGGGCCUGCGGCUUUUGGCACAGAGGAAUUACGCUUUUGGUAGCUCGCGAGGAGACUCUCGCCUGAAAGUUUUCGUGCAAGAGGCGUUGCGAACCGCGCACAUCGAGAGGUUGUCGCUUCUGCGCGUCCUCAAUUAUGAUAUUUCGGAGGACGUCGAGGAGUGCCGGGCCCGCGGAGAUCUGGGGCAGCUUUUGAGCGAGGGGUCGAUCACCGUGGAUUUUCUCGGGUCACGUUCCUCCUUCCGCUUCCCACUCAUGGACCUGGCCAGGAGCGCGUACGCGGAAGUUCAGAUCACCGACCUGUGCAAGCAGCGGGAGACCCUUUACAAGGUUCCUUUCAUUCUUUGCGCCUUCAUCAAAGCGGGAGCCAGCAUGAGCUCCUUUCUUCGAGUGGAAAGCUGUGGGUACCUGUUGCUGCUAGCGCUGGCAGCCGAGUCCUUUAACUUCGUGUACCUGCUGAUUCAAGAGGCUAUCACCCUUGAGGCAGUGCUCCGACAGUACGAGCCAUACUUGCUACAGAUGUUGCGGCAGGCGAUGCCGCAGCGCCCAGGGGUGCUGGACUUGCUCUGUUUCUGCGGCUUCAAACUGAAGCUCGAGGAACAGGAGCAAUUCGAUUCUUCUGUCCUCGACCGCGUUCUAAAGCAGGAUUUUCUCUCCGUCGAGCGGAUUUCCAAGCUGGGUUUCGACCUUCUGGCGUUUGCCGAGCGCCAGCAGGAGCAGCUCAGCACGCUGCUGCAAAGAGGUCUGGAGGACUUAAUAGGCGACUCCGCUGAGGACGUUCACACGGAGGGCGACUCCAGUGAGGCCAAGAGACCGCAACUGGCAAUACGAAGGUUUGCCAGCAUCGACAGGCGGGUGUUGGACCUCCAUUUUCGGAGCCCUCAGUUUUUGGAGUUCGCAGAUGACCUCAUGGGGCGCAAAGCAUUUGUACAGAUGCGCUGCAUUGUGGAGGUCCAUCCACAAGCAUUCGGCCAUUAUUUUCGGCAGCACUACCAAUCCAUGGAGGAGUUGCUGAUGGAUGCCUUCUGCCGACGGCAGAUAGCCCUGGUCAUUGACCUGACAUCGCUUCACCUUCCGCUCGCUCAGUUUUUUGAGAAGCAUCAGGAGGAGCUGAGCAAGCUCGAACGGCAUCGUGGGGCUUUGGACCGGCAGCUGCAGUCUCUUGACCAGGUGGAGGACUUCGGCAACGAGGCGGCAGAGCUUGCGCAGCAGCUGAGGCAGCGGCAGGGCGCGGCCUUGGGCCCCAACAAAAGCCCGCAAGGAAGAAUCGCCGACUCCAUCGAGGCGGUGACGGCCCUGCUGCGAGAGGAUGUGCUGGACUGCCAAAGAUUGCAGGCAGCUCAGGCGGUCUCCACCUUCGAGGCACAGGGACAUACAGGGACGCCAGGUGUGGAGGUUUGUGGAUCCCAUCGCAUUGAGAUGCCACAGGAGAUUGCCGCCCAGUGCAGCCCUGGGGGCAGAUUGGAUUUGCAAGAGCGGAAGCGGACUGCAGAGGCUGCGCAGAGGAGCGGAGCUCCCAUGGCUCCGAUGCUCCAAGACUCCGUGCAACUGGAUGCGGUUCUCCACAAAGCUUGGUUUGCAACAAAGGCAUGGACAGAGCUGGUCAUGUUGCGUUCCGAGGUUGCCGAGUUCCGCUUCAAGUCGUUCUUCCUGCGGAUGCAGGAGGAGACAGACGCUGCGGUUCUGAAGAUCCUCCAAGACGGAUACUGGUUUGAUCUGCACAAGCUCGCUCAGCUGGACUUCGACUUCCAAGAUUUCUUUGAUCGUCGCUUCCAGGAGGUCUCCUCGGCGGUUCUGCAGUUCAUGACCAUGCCGCACCCUCACUUCGUGCUUUUGCGGGAGCUCUCGGCUCUCGACUUCCCAUGGGAACGCUUCAUGGAGGAGCAUGCGGCGUGCAUCCUCGCUUCGAAGGACCAGGACUACCUUCAGUUCCUGAUCUCUCUCGGUAGCUUCGAGGUUGGAUCGAAGGUCUACAGAGUGGUGGAGCAAACGUGCAGACUGUACCACUCCAUGGCCAACACCAUGUUCAACACUCCCAGUUCCUGGCCUUCGCUUCCUGUGGAGGCAGCAGUGGCGCCAAGCCAAGCUUCUGAGGCCUCCAGCGAGGGCCUUGAACCCUGCGACGCCGCAGCGAGUUCUGGGAUAGUGCUGAGUACUCCAGGCCAGUGCAAUUAUUGUAAAUGCUUCGCGUCGUGCGCCGGAGGGCGAGCUGGGGAGGUGGGGGGGGCCCAGGGAAUGAAGAGGGGAGGAGGUUCCCGCAUGAGGAAAGAGGGAACACGCCAGCCUGCAAGCCAACGCGAGAGCCGAGGUGGGGAGUAUCGCGGAUAG